AUGGAUUUACAAAGUCAAGCACAAGACAUUUUGGAUUUGUCGAGCCACGUAACUUUAUUACUACAGAAGCAAACAGACACUCUCAUAAGAAAACGAACUUUAGUGAAGAGGAAUGACGACGAAGCAGACUUGGACGAAAAUCUGGCUUACGACAUCGCUUUGGCUUCAAGGUCUUUGCAUGGUAACAGGAAUGAUCUUAUUGUAGCUAUCAUGUUUUUGGUUUCCUCUUGUUAUAACAAUAUUCAACCUGUGAAUAAGACGAACGUAAAAGAGGAUCUACUAGAAAUACGACGUGAAAUUCGUUCUGCAAUGAACGAAAUGUCUGAGAUCAAGGAACAACUCAAUAAUAAUCAAGAUAAUCUUCCUAGUAGUUGGCAUGAUUAUAUUCAAGAUACUAUGGAACACCUACAUGUAUUAUUGAAAAGAGGAAUUGAACUUGCUUCAAUUGAAAUUCCAAACCCUGAAGAGAGUAGAAAAACUGUAUAUUAUGACUAUGAAUAUGAAACUGAGGAGUCUUUGUCUCCUAAUGAUCUGGUUUGCUGUGACGAUCGUAUUUAUAGGGAUGAUUCUUCUCUCUCAGAUACGUCAACACGUAGUAGACCUUCUAGUAUUAUGUCUCCACCAUCACCUACUUCUGAUUCCGUUCAAGAAUGUUGUUUGAAGCAAAAUUUGGUUCGACGUCAUACAAUGGACAAUGAAAGCAUCUCUGCUGCUCGAUUAUUCAUAGGUAAUCUUGGUUUGCAACAGCCUCCCUCCAAGGCUUCUACUACUACUUCUAUUUCACAAGAUCAAACUGAAGUUGGUACUUCACUUAACACUGCUAAUUCGUCGUUAAAACUUGAUCACGAUAUAUGUUCUUCACCUGCUGCUCGUCAGCUUUCACAAUUAAUAAUUUAUGAAUCUGAUGAUAUAACUGAUGAGUUUGUCGAUGCAGUAGAGGGUCAAGAUGAUAAUUUCCCUAAUAAUGGUCAUAAUGAACCAUUACUCAUAAAAGAACUUACUUCUCACUCUAAAAGAUCAAAUUCUUCACGUUCGCUACCAACUCUUCUAGAAUCUGUUCCAGAAGAACCUAUUAUACGUUGGGGUGAUAAUGAAUACUCUAGUUCAGUUUCAUCUCUUGCUCUUUCGGCUCUGUCUUCUCAAAAUUCGUCUGCUUAUCGUAUUAGUCUACUUCGUCACAAACCUGCAAAUUUAUUUGCUCAACAAGUUAAUGUCAGUAAUCCAAUACGAAUUGGUGCAGGCUAUGGUUCAUACAUUGCUUAUACUUGUACUAUCAAAAUGUCAUUAAAAUUAAUUCCUUGUUUACCACCAAAACGAAUAAUGGGAAAAUUUAUGCCUGAAUUUAUUGAGAGACGCCGUAAAGAUUUGGAAUAUUUUUUGGCUUACGUGUUGUUGCAUCCAAUACUUGGUCCAACAACUGUUGUGAGAAGAUGGUUUUCGGAAUAA